UUAAGUUAUUAUUGUUAUUGUUUUUCUUUCUCCUUCAACCGUUCAAUCAAUUAAAAUUGUUUUUGUUUUAUGAAAUUGUUUAUUGUUUGUCAUUAUAUUUGGAAAUCAAAACGCACAUUAAAAGGUGAAGAAUAAUCAUGUUUUCCAGUGUCAUUAAAAGAUGUCUGAACUCAUCUUCAGCCGCAAUAACAAGAAUUCAUCGAUCAAAGUAUCUCUUGCAGUAUCCGACAACAGUGAUCCUACCCGAUGGUUCAAGUAUUGUUAUUCGUUACCCUGAACCUCGUCAAAUUAUAACUCUACCAUUGGACCUUAACACACUGAGUGAGGCAGAAGCAAAACAGAGGAUGGAAAGAAGGAAACCCAAAACUAAAGUUAAAAUCCAAGAAGAAGAUUUGGGAAGUUUUGAUAGUACAAGAUAUGUUCAGUUGUUAAAAAAAACUAAAAAAGGGAAAAAGUGAACUUUUUUUCAAAUGUGUAAAUUUCUGUUAUUAGUAAAUAGUGUGUAAAAUCA